UAUAUUUAUGUAUAUUUUCAUUAAAAAUAGAAAUAUUACUAUAUAUUUUACAUUGCCAAAUGUCCUCUAACAUGUUACCUAAAAUGUAUUUAGUGUGUUUAUACAUUUCUCAGCUGGUUUGCAACAUUUAACCAUUUAAUAACCAUUGUUUAUGAAGCUAACAUAAUUCCAGGGCACCAAGUAAACAAACAAAUGAAAAGACAUCCAAAAUCUGAUGCCCAACCAUCCAACACUUCGAGACAUGGGAACAGUCGUGGUUCAUCUGCCCCCUCUUACUCUGUUAUGUUCAUCUAUAUCCAAUAACAGGCACCUGAUACCCUGUGACCCCAAUACCACCCAACGGCCCCAUGUCAAACCACACACACACACACACACUCACAGAGUUUCUCAGCAUUUCUGCAUUUGAUUAUUAUUAGUCUAGAUUUCUCGGACCAUCCUGGUGUCAUUUUACAGUUUUCUAUCUGCCAAAUUUAAGAGAGAUUUGUAAAAUCAGAGAAUCACACACACACACUUAAAACUUUGGCGACCAGGAAUCCGUCCAUGAGAAAGUACCUCAUCUCCCUGAUCCCGUUACUCACGGGUCCUUCUUGCUCAAACACCCUCCCCCAAAAUACUCUUCAUUUCAUCUUGUUUCCUGACAGCCUGCACAGCUCUCACUGAACCCUGCUGGAUUUAUUCAUCUCUUUCUACUCAUUUAUCUCCACUCUCAGACAUUUGUCUGUUUUUGGAGUGUGUGCCUGCCAUCAUGGCGACGGGCAGCUCUCAGACAGAUGUGAAGGGCUCUCUGAACGGGAGCAUGGAUUUGUAUCACAGCUGGUUCGGUCCUACCACCCCAAGACCUCCUCUACGAAACUACCUGCUCCUGACCAUCCUCACCUGCUUCUGUCCGGCCUACCCCGUCAACAUUUUAGCCCUGGUGUUCUCUGUCAUGUCCAGAAACAGUUAUGAUCAGGGAGAUUAUGAGGGUUCGAGGCGUUUAGGGAAGAUGGCGCUCUAUGUUUCCAUCGCCUCCAUCAUCAUCGGCAUCCUCAUCAUCACCAUCUUCUGCGCUGUGCAUUUCAGCAAGAAAGACGUGUAAGAUGACAGUAUUUUGUCGUGCUGUGCUCUGGGUGAAGGUCGUGCACUGGGUCGCUCUGUCUGUUGAACUGAAUGGAGAUUUUAGUCAUGAAACCAAGAGCAGGACAGAUCCAGCACAGGACAUCAGCUCUCCUCCAUCUGCAGUCCAGCUCAUGCUUAUAGAAGAGAGAGAGAGCUGGUGUUUUUGGAGAUGUACCUUCAGCCCUCAUUUGUGCUAUAUAUAGUGUUGGGUCUCAAUCCCGCGGUGGAGUCAGGGGCCUCUUGUUAUCCCAGCGUGUUCAUGCCAGCGGGGUCACAUGACACUGGAUAGCUUGUUUAGCAAUGCCUGUUGCUGAAAACCACAAGAAUGUCCCCAUGCUCCUGGGAAACACUUCAGUCCAGUACACAGGCUGAGUUACGAUGUGAAAUGUGUUAUUGGACAUCAGGGGUGUCAUGGGGGCACAGAACUCCCAUCAACAAGUGUCCCAAUAUUUUGAUACUCUUUCAUGAUACUGUUUUAGAUAUAUUACUCCCUCUUCUAGUUAUACUACUCUGGACAAUGUUUGGAACUUUGUAUUGCCAGUAUUUCUAAUGUUAUAGACCUUAAAGGGAAAGUUAAUCCAAAAAUGACUUAUUCACCCUCAAGCCAUCCUAGGUGUUUAUGGCUUACAUCAUAAAAAGUGCUCCACACAGCUCCAGGGGGUUCAUCGAGGUCUUCUGAAGUGAAUCAAAUCAUUUAACCAUAUAUAAAACUUAAUAAACCGUAAUAUCUAGCUUCCUCCAACUGUCAUCCGUGCGAUGACGAGAGAGCGGCGUUCCAGCGGAUGAUGUGGGACAUAUGCUUAGCAUCAGCCCUGAUGAGAAACCUUUGUUUACAACAGAGGAAAAUCAGUCUCCUCUUGGCUUAUAUUGAGAUACUUUAACAUUUUUCUCUAUAAAAUCUCCUCGUUUUGUAUUUCUAAUUCGUGACUGGUGUCUUGUUUUGCUAUCUCCUCUGCACUUCCGAGGUACUUCAUUUCUCACUGGACAUGAUGCCCUUCUUCAUCCGCUGGAACGCAACCCUCUGGUGAACGUGCAUAUGACAUAUGCACAUUCUAGAGAUUACUAGAAACUAGAGAUUACGAUUUAUAAAGUUUUAAAUAUGGAGUUUUUUUUUUAAACAAACACUUCAAUUCACUUCAGUAGGCCUUCAUUAACCCCUUGGAGCCGUUUAGGACACUUUUUAUGGUGGAUGGGUUAGGGUUAGGGUUAGGGUUAGGUUAGUGCUUUAUUUUGCUUCAAAGUCUUGAUGACCAUUCACUGCCAUAAUAAAGCCUGGAUGAGACUUGUAAUAAAACUCCGAUUGUAUUCGUCUGAAAGAAGAAAGUCAUAUACACCUAGGAUGAUUUUGUGGUGAGUGGGGUAAUUUUCAUUUUUGGGUGAACUAUCCCUUUAAGGCGGGGUUCUUCAAAUCUUACCCUGCAGUGUUUAGAGCUUGCAGAUCUUUAACCCUGAUCAAACCAAUUUACCUGUGAUUUUCUAACGAUUCUGGAGACCUUGAUCAGCUUACUCAGGUGUGUUAAAUCAGGGUUGGAGCUAAACUCUGCAGAAUGUUUAAUAACAUUCUCAAAACCUCUCAAAACACACACACACACACACACACACACACACACACACACACACACACACCAUUAUUUAUACACUGUUCAUGUAAUGUCAUAAUGUCCCUUAAUGUUUUCUCUAUCAUUUGCAUUAACCCAUUAAAGCAUUUAAAAAAAAAAUUAAAACACUGAAGGUUUCAUUAUUUUUUUUCUGCUGGACACAGUCCACGUUUGGUCUGGUUGCCUUUUCAUUAGAAUAUUGCUUUUUGCAAGAUGAGCUUUCACCAGCUGCUUUGCCUUGAGGGCAGAGCGACAUGAUUUAAUUGAACAACCCCAGGGUCAAAUGGCACCUGAUGGAGCAGGUGUUGUUUAGGUAGACAGACGGAUGUUUCCUUGUCAUCCUUUUAGUAAUCACACAGAAAGACACCUGAGAACUGACCAUCAAAGUGUUUAACAAAGGAUUCUCAACAGGAAAAGAUUUACAUUUAUGCAUUUGGCAGAAAAAAAUCUAAAAUAAUAUUUUUAUACAAAUUGCAUCCUGUAUAUGUUUAAUACCGCCAAUGUAUUAAAGCAAAACUGUACUUGAGGUCAUGUCAUAUCGUGUGUUGUGCUGUCCAUCCUGAAGUGUUUUGCAUCUGGCUUUGUCUCACUCUGAUGGCCAUGUAUUAAACAACGAUCUGAUGACGUCAGAGAUGCAUAAUAUCAUUCAUAAGUCAUAACUGAUUUUUUUAAGAUGAUUAAUAAAAAUCAUUAUGAUCAUGAAAG